AUGGCAGAUGAAUUUCAUCCCAGUAUUUGUGGCGGAGCGUGGUGGAAUUCGAUGAAACACGUGUUAACAGGUUGUUCUCCGCCGUGUUACACGACGGUUGCUGACAUGGGAAGCUUUGGACAUGGCACAGAUACGGUGGAUAUCAAGGCAAGGUCUCAUGAAGAAUCGAUUAAGAAUCCCGUUUCUGAUGUUGGAUCCAUUGUUUUACAUGAUCAUCCUCCUUCUCAUCGGAAACUUCAGCAAGCUGAUUCCAAUAGUGGUGGCACUGGCUGCGGCAUUUUGAUGGAUUCUACUUCACAAAUGAUGGGGUUUGACCUUCCAUCAUCGGCAACUUCGGACUGGAACUUGUCCGUUAAUGGGAGAACCGAGAGCUAUAAUUUGAUUCUUGAAGAAGAUAUUGAUUCAAGGUUGAGUUAUCGGCAAGAAACAGGUAUGGGUUCUUCUCAAAUCCUUAAGAAUUGGAGUCCAAAGAGCUAUUCAAUCCCUGGGGAAGAUUUUCCAUCGGAUCAACCGGGGUUGACUUCGACGACCGGCUCCGGUAAUGGUAUAGCGACGUGCUUGGGAUUAUCAACAGGGUUUCCAAUUGCUUCGGUAUCGUAUGAGUACCCAUCAACACUGUUACAAAGUUUGUUUGAAUCCGAUUCCGAUCCUCGAACUCCACAGCAAUCACUUUUCAACAACCGGUUGUCAAUCGGCUUUACGUCGUCCGCAACAUCACCUCUCAUAAGGCCGUCGUUGCCGGAGCAGCAGCCAAGUAGCUUGCAGUUCUCCAACUACACACCCUUCUGGAACGCCUCUGCCACGGCCAUAAAAGACGUCAAGGCCGGCCUUUUACCCUCGCCGAAAUCACAGUUUUCCGAAGAAGUUCGAAACUUGGGGUCGGCGAUGAAGAAAGGAAGCAGUGAACCUGCAUUCAAGAGGCCAAAGCUUGAAACACCAUCUCCAUUACCAACUUUUAAGGUUCGGAAAGAGAAGCUGGGGGACCGAAUCACAGCGCUCCAGCAAUUGGUUUCACCUUUCGGAAAGACUGAUACCGCAUCUGUUCUCUAUGAAGCCAUUGAAUACAUCAAGUUCCUCCAUGAUCAAGUCAAUGUUCUAAGUACUCCAUAUAUGAAACAAGCAGCAGCUUCCAUACAACAAGAGGUAUAUGAACAAAGAAAAGAUGAGUUGAAAGAUCCAGAUGAGCCAAAACAAGAUCUAAGAAGCCGAGGGCUAUGUUUGGUGCCGGUAUCGAACACAUUCCCUGUUACCAACGAGACCACUAUCGAUUUCUGGACGCCAACUUUUGGUGGAACAUUGAGGUAAAAGGAAGUGGCGGUCCAAAGAUGGUAGGCAGACACGAACUCAGUGCUGGGCCAGCUGCUAGCAAGAGAAUGAUGGCGAGCAAAGCCUUUGAUAGUUAAACGUAAAGAUAAUCACAGGUUCUUUUUUUCUAUUGGUUCUUUAAGUAAUCAAUGUUUUAGUUAUUAAGCAACGGGAACAAGUGCUAAAUUCAGCGAAGAUGGACAUUUUAAGUAACGAUUAUUUAUUUUAUUG